UCCGAGUCGGCGACUCUGAGAAAAGUGGCAAUCUUCAAACUAAUAAUCCUGUUUUGCUUCUUGACAAAUGCUAGCCCUGAUUCUCUGAAGGUGGAUUGCGUUGAUAGUGGUCAAGUUCUGUCUCAUACACGAACAUUUUCUUCGCCGCGGUCGCUUACCAGAACAACCCGAAGAUGAUGGAAGUCGACACACACUCGCCAUCCCCAAGGAUGACGCGUACCUUCAAUUAUUCACUGAAGAGGCCCCGCUCUCCUGCGUCUCCGAGCCAGGAACGCCAGCCGAAACGUUCAGCACUUGCUUUACAGGAUGCGUGUCCGAGUCGACGACCACCUUCCAGUGUCCUUUCUACCAACCAAACCGCAGACAAUCGCCAUCAGCCAAGCCCAGAUGAUUGGGUGAGGCAAGCCAGCGACCUCACUAUUGGAACCCCACUUAGUCUCGAUCCUCUUCCUUCGCCUAGUGGCGAUGGUGGUCAGGUACAGGAUGAGAACAUGGCUCUCGACCUAGAUGAACCUCCAAAGUCUUGCCCCGCGGUGCUUGCGUUUUCAUCACCAGAGCUACAACAGUUAUUCAGGGCACGCCCUCCAACUACACAACUGGACGCAUCACAAGCGUACAUCAGUCCUCCUCAGCACCUAUCUCAGCCACCCGUAACAUUCGGGUCUUCGCCUUCAAUCAUUACGGGACCGGCAGGUGCACAACCGUUAAUACCAAGCAUAAACUUGGCGCAUCAGCAACAGCAUCCUUCGGUAUAUGGGCAACCUGGUACAUCACCAUAUGGAUCAUCAAACCAGCAGGAAUUACAUUCGGGACCAACUCAAAACCAUGACUUUGUCCAGUCUACAUCAUCUGGAAUGUCAUUUCCACCGCCUCCUCCGACCAGCCAAUAUCCAGGACUAAUUUCAUCCUCAGGGAGAAAGCAGCGCUUUACGAUGGGACCACGUGCAGAUUGCCUGAAAUGCAGAAUGGGCGUAAAGGGACACUGGAUGCACUUUGACUAGACAUUGGAAUAAUAACCUUGCUUAAUUUUAGAGCUAUAAUAUUUAACUCACACUGAUUUGUGCAUUUCAUUCUACACAUUGGUCAAGCUGAGCACUUAUGUACAGGAUCCCGGACUCUCAGACACUACUUAUG